AUGGUGGUCACGACAGAAGGCGGUGCGACUUUCGGCCAACCGACCGACAGUCAGAUGGACGACUCACGAAGGGCUCGAGAGUUCUACCACUACUUUCAACCAGACAAUCUCCUCCAACCGCACCUCCGUCGUCGCCCUUCGGUUCUCAAUGUCACCAGCGAUGAGGUCCCCAAUUUGUGCAAGGCGCUCUCUCCCCUGUGCCAGUUGACCGCGUUUCGCUUGAAAGUCCGGAAAGCGAUGAUCAAUGUCAUGGAUCGCGAUGUCAUGUAUUUCCUGAGUGAAGCAACAAAAAUCUACACAGACGAGGGCGAACAGACCAUUGAAUUUGUCGAAGAUCCCAUAUUCUUGAACUGCAGCUCAGUGCCGCUCAAGGGUAGAAUAUGUGAGCUGACCAUUCGACUCGACAAUAAAGAUCAUGGCGCUGUACCCAAGUUCGUAAUCAACGACCUUAUGAAAUCUCAAUUUGCGCACAUGGAUAUCAUCUCGGGUCCCCCGUACUACAGGUUCUAUGCAGGUGUUCCGAUCACUACAAGAGACGGCGUCAAUAUCGGCAGUCUCGCCGUCAUGGACACACAAACUCGUCCAAACGGGUUGACACCUGCUGAGGAGUUGUUCCUUACCUCGACCGCACAACAGAUAAUGGUUUUCCUCGAGACAAACAGACAAGCAAUAGAAGGACGUCAGUCUCGCCGUAUGGCUGAAGGUCUCGAAGCUUUCAUUGCGGGACGCAAGAGUAUCCAUGGCGAUAGGGCAGGAUUUCUCCACAGUCCUCUGUUCAAGAAAAGGUCAAAGUUCGCCUAUGGCUUGACUGUGCCCCUGGAAAAGGACGCUUCUCCACCGCUAAAGUCGUCUGCGCAGACUGAGUCCAACCUCCGAAACCAAACCACCGUCACUCUUGAACAUGCCGAAGAUCUCAGCACCUCGGAUUCCUCAGAUUCAGAUAGCCUGAAUGGGAAUUCCGAGACCGAUGGCGAAUCAAGGACACACACGAAAACCUUUGCAAGAGCGGCGAAUCUACUACGUGAAUGCUUAGGAGAUCUCGGUGAGGAGGGUGCCGUCGCAUUUGUCACCGUAGGUGCUCGUCUGCGUAAUUCGAGUAAGAAGAACGGAAACAAUCUUGGCCAGGCUAUGGGAGCCAUUGACGGAGAUCUUCAAUCACUGACAAAAUCAUCCAUCAUCGCCUACUCGACCCAGUCCAAUCCGAUCAUCCCCGAGAAGGGAUUAGAUGAGAGGGUAAAUGGCUUAGAUGGAGAAUUACUCCAGGAUCUUAUCAAACGGUACCCUGGUGGUCGCUUAUUCACCCUGGAAUGGAACCCUUCCUCCUCUUCCGAGGAUGAUAUAGAGUCUUCAGGCAGACUCAGGAGCCCUGUCAGUCAGUCGCGCAUACCUAGCCACCGGAAACGGCUAGAGGUCAAGGCCAUCCGUGCUGCCUUUCCUUGUGCGGGACAGGUCCUCUUUACGCCCUUGUGGGACGCUACAACUGGUUCUUUUGCAUAUGGCUGUUUCGUUGCUACAGCGUUAGAGACGCGUUCCUUCAAUUCUUCUAUUGAAUUGCCCUUCCUCAACUCUUUCUGCAGCACACUGAUGGGCGAGUGCUCACGGUUGGACACGAUGAUUGCGGACAAGCAAAAAUCCGACUUCGUCGGCACCAUAUCUCACGAAAUGCGAAGUCCAUUACAUGGCCUCCUUGCCAGUGUCGAAUUUCUCGCCGAAACAGAUCUCUCUGGCUUUCAGAGAUCCCUCAUUUCCACCAUUGAUUCCUGUGGACGAACACUUCUGGAUACCAUCAACCAUGUCCUGGACUUCUCCAAGAUCAACUCAUUCCAAAAGCAUUGGCAAGCUUCGAACAAGAAACACUCUCACGGAUCGCGUCGCCAUAACUUUUUAGGUCCAGAGAACUCUUCCAAGACUAUAUCUCAUGGUGCCCCUGCACUCCUGCAACUGCUUGGCGUUAUUGAUGUAUCAGCUGUGUUGGAGGAAGUCGUCGACGGCUUGGUCCUUGGUUAUACAUACACAUCGGGAUUAGACCUCACGGAGAUGCCACGAGAAGCACCAGGCCGGGGGAAAAGAGUCCGCUCCGAAAAUCACUGCGUGGACCCCGUCAAGAUCACACUGGACGUGCAGAAGGCGGAUUGGACGUUCUUGACCCAACCCGGGGCAGUUCGCCGGAUUAUCAUGAAUCUCACUGGGAACGCCAUCAAGUAUACGAGUCAGGGUACCAUCAAGAUUCGACUCCAACUACAAACUUCUUCAGAUGAAAACAGCAACGAUGUGAUGGUGUUGACGGUGACGGACACAGGAAAGGGUAUUUCCCAGGAGUUCUUAUCUACUAAGCUCUUUGUGCCAUUUGCGCAGGAGAAUGCUUUGGCCCCAGGAACCGGGCUAGGGUUGAGCAUCGUGCGGAGCAUUAUUCUGAUGCUGGGUGGCUCGAUUGAUGUGAAAAGCAAAUUAAAUGAGGGAACAACAGUGGAAGUUAUUCUACCUAUCAGGAGACCUUUACCUGGUCAGACUUCAACUCAGACUACGCCUUUCUCCGACGGUGCCAGUGGCCUGAACUCUACUGGUAGCUCCAACGCCGACAGCUCGAUUUCUCUACUGAGAGAUGAAUGGUCGGACGCGACAGUAACAUUCUGGCAACCGGAACUGGAACUAGAUGACGACCUCGCACGCAUCGUCAGGUCGUACGUACAGGACUGGUAUAACCUUCCGUUCCUGGACCAGCGAUUAUGUGACAGUUGCGCCGUUGUCAUCGCAGAGGAAGAGAACUUGGAUCAUUUGCUCACUAGAUUGGUGGCCACACCUGGCCGCCGUCCAGCGUUAGUGGUAAUGUGUUCGGUUCUGUCCAGACACAGUGUGGCAUUGGUGCAGUCCCUGGAGGAACGCAUUUGCAGUGCUGUGGAAUUCGUUUCAGAGCCUUGUGGUCCCCACAAGCUGGCUCGUAGUAUACGGUUGGCUCUCGAAAAGCAAGCGGCGGUACGGUCACGGUUCUCGCAGGCGGACAACCAACAAGUGGUGCUUCCCAGCGCUGAGAUUGCAAGUACGACUCCUGGUACAACCGAAACAGAGUCCGUGGUGGAGGACUUGGCCGAGCUCGACCUCAACUCGCCUGGUGGAACUGAUAACGCCAAAAUGGUUCAGGCAACGGAGACUUUUGCCGCGUCCCAAGCGAGCCACAAUGCGCAGAUGGCAAUCCAUGACCCCAUAACCGCUCUGCGGACGCCGAGAAAUCAUGUCAGCGAAGGAGAAUCUUUCCCCUUUCCCUCGCACAGUCAAGAAAGCUCAAGAAGGCGUCGCGAGAGUGAUCGAUGGACCAACCACACGAGCUUAAGCAACCCAGCCUCACCUAGUGAAGUCCCAACCGCUCUCUCUAGGCAUCCAUCGCUAUCCAAGCCAGCCCCUGGCAGUGUUGACCCGCAUAUUCUCCUGGUGGACGACAACAAGAUCAACCUGAAGCUGCUCGAAACCUUCUUGAAGACAAAACGGAAAUACAGCCGGAUAGAGCAGGCAGAGGAUGGUCAGCAGGCUGUCGACGCUGUCAAAGCUGCCGAGGAGCCUUUCGACAUCAUCUUUAUGGACAUUUCAAUGCCAGUGCUGGAUGGCUUUGAGGCGACCCGAGCCAUUCGGCAGUAUGAAGACCUUCGUGGCUGUAAACCUGGUGCUAUGGUUAUUGCCUUGACUGGAUUGGCAAGUGCCAGAGAUCAGAGUGAAGUUUUCAGCAGCGGAUGUGACAUUUACAUGACAAAGCCUGUGAGCUUUAAAGAGGUCGGUAAACUCUUAAACAACUGGGAGGCCCAUAAGAAUAUCGACUCAACUUGA